CCUAUAGGCAAGAUCACGUGUGCCAUGAAACGAAACUAUUGUUAUGUAGUGACUCGGAAUGGGUACACAAAUAGGUGGUGUUCUAAUCAACAGAAUGGCCCCCUCAAAAAAACUAAAACGAAACGUCGACAACAGUUCCUACGUACAACAGUUAUUCAAGCAAUUUUUAGACAACAACCGUUCUAAAAAGAUUUCUGAAGUGUUUCCGCAAGUAGUUUCCCGGCCAGUGCAACGUUUUCCUAUCGAAGAUGGUGGCGCCAGAGAUAAUUUGUUUCGGCAAGGCGUCAAGCGGCAUUUUAUGAAGGCCCAACUCGUUCCCGAUCAAAACAACACGGUAAAACAAUUCUUCUCAAAACCUGGACCCAACAUUCCACAAGCAACGAAUCCAUAUCUGGCAAACCAACCGAUCCAUGCUAGAUUCAAGCGUGAAGAAGGAUCUGAUCAAUUCGUAAAAAGCGAUAUGAGUCCCAGUGUAGCACCACGUGGCCUUGCGCAGUGGCUCAAUAUGCGCAAGAAAACGGUCGAUGAGCAACGAUUGGCAAACCUACACAAAGAACGUAAGAAAAAAGCCAAUGAAUAUCUGGAACUUCCUGGCAAUUUCUUUUCCGGCAAAGAAAGUUUGAAACUUCCUUUUGAUGCUCCCAAAAAUAUCGAUAAAUCAAUGAUGAGCGUGGGAUCGACGUUUAUCCCACCUGCUACUUCUACUCCCUUCGAUGGGAAGCCAGCUGUUAACUCGCCCAUACUUUGCGAUCCUUUCGUUGAGCUAACGCACCGAGAUAACAUCGUUGAUGACCGUGACAAAACUCCACAAAAGAACUUCAUGAAAGAUCUUCAAAUGAUCGAAACUGUCCUUGAGCAGUUCUGUGACUCCUUUCUAGCAAAAGAAUGUUCCCCGCUAGAACAAAACUAUCGCGUGCUACGAGAACUGUGGAAUGAGCAGUGUGCGAAGAGUUUCACAAUGUCUGAAGCGACAAAGGUUCCCUCAAGUUUGCAGGAACGAAUCAGUUGGGAAGAUCAUUCGCUAAUCAGUAACCAGAUGUAUCGUCAGAGUCGACAAAAAGCUCAGUUAUCAAUACCAACAGAAGUUUCCAUACUGGAGGGUACGUUUACGGAUGUCAUGGUUGAUACCAUCAGCGAUUCGUUUCUGGAAGUAUGCUUGCCGCAUGGCAGCAAACGUAAGAUUGUUGAUUCGCUACUGACUGCGUCACCGCCAUCGCCGCCGAGUAUCCUUACCCAGACUUUGAAUCAGAAUGAUCUGAGCGAUGCGUUCCAUGACACGUUGCACUUCGAUUUUGAAUUCACACAACCGUCUAAACGUGCGUUCGACGAAUUCAUCAACUUCGAUGAAACCAGAAGACAAGAAGAUUCGUUUUGCUUUUUCCCUUCCACUCCAGAUGAAAUGAAGUACAGUUCCACUGAUGAUGCAACGUUUUUCAUCACACAGAGACCUCGUGAGGCCAGCAGAAGCAGCAACGAAAUGAACUUCCUCGAUAUGUUUUCUUGAAGAAAGGCGUAAUAAAAUAAAUUGAAGAAGUAAAUUUAAAAAUCAAAUAAAGCACAUGGAAAGAAUAAUUAUUACCCUA